AUGUCUACAAGAAGUGGACGUGUGAGGGCUAGUAUAGCCGAUACAAGCCCUUCUCGCAGAAGAAAAGUUGCAUCGCCAUCGCGUUCUCCCGCCAGAAACCGUAAAGAAUCUACAGAGCGUACAACUCGCCAAUCACCUGCUAGAAAGUCUCCCAGCCGUAAACCUACUUUGAAAUACCCAGCUCGUAAGUCUCCUUCAAGAACAGUUAAAGAGAAAGACGAAUCUGUUUCAAAGUCUCCCGCAAAGCGCGCAUCGAUGCAGAAUGCAGAAGUCAAGUUGGAAGACUUCUCUGCUAAACUCGAAGUUUUUCGUAGUACACGGUCCAAGCGUAUUGAGUAUACUGUGAAAGAUAUACCAAUAAAAUCAAUUGAAGAUGAUUUAAAUGGUGUUGAUAGCACAGAAUUUAGUAAAUAUAGUAUGAGAAACCGCCGUUCAAUUGAUAUCGCUCCUAGACAAUCUAGUCUGCUACGAGACUUGGAAAAUGUACCAGACAUAAGAAGGAGUUUAAGUAAAUCCUUAAGCAAUUCAUUAAGCAAAUCAAUUAGCAAAACUAUUGAUACUUAUUCAGAUGAUGAAUCUGAAUUGUUAUUCCGAGGAAAAUCAACAUCUGUUGUAAGAAAAUUAUCUACACCUGUUCCAAGCACAGUUUCAUUGGCACAAGUUAAUAACAAAUUUGAGUUUGGUGGGAUAUUUGGUGCUAUAGCUUUGAUGUUUAUCAUUCCACUAAUUGUAUUUGGGAUUUUAACUUCAUGUACUAAAGUGUGUUCUCACAAUAUACACUUGGAUUUAACUGUGUAUAAAAAUACAAUAUGGUUUACUCUACCGUCAUUGGAGAUUAUUCUUGUUCAACAAAUUUUACAAGCUGGAAUUCAUAUGUUACCGGUAUUGGGGAGCAAGCAAGUAGAUGGUGUAGGUAAAAAGUUUUGUUUCAAUGCUCUUUUCGCAAGUAUUGUUACACUAACCAUACUGUUUUCUCUGAAUUUCUAUAACAUAUUCGAUAUUAAUUUGAUCUUGGACUCUCACUUACAGCUGGGAGUUGGAUCUUUUUUAAUAUCAGUUGUUUUGUCUGUGUUUCUUUAUUUGAAAGCUAGAAAUAUGAAUGAAAAUGAUUUGAAUCCCUAUGGAAACUCUAAAUAUGCAGUCUACAAUUAUUUCAUUGGUCGAGAAGUCUACCCGCAGAUAAAGAAGUUUAAUAUAAAGUUAUGGACCUAUAGAGUGUGCAAUAUUACCACUCUUAUCCUUCUGGUUCUUGUAUUAAAACAGAGUUUUUAUGUUGAAGGGAAAAACCUUGAAAACAUAAGUUUGACUAAUUAUCAAGAGAUACUAAGCAAGGUGCAAUACAGGCCAACACUUGCCGUAUUCACAUUGAUGCAAAUAAUAUAUGCUCUAUACUUUGUUAUCUGCGAGUACAAGGUUAUAUCUACAUUUUAUUGGCAAUAUGAGGGGCUGGGAUAUAUGCAGUUAACUGCUACAGCAUUAUACCCAUUUUAUUUUACAAGUAUAUCAAAAUAUGUCGCAGACUCUGGAUUAAGUUUACGUACAAAUACUUUGAUAGCAGCAAGUGCAUUAUUCUUAUUUGGAUUUGUCUUUAUGUAUGUGAGUAACAACAUAAAACACAGGUUCAGGAAAAAUCCACUGGACCCGACAACAGUUCAUCUCGACUCGAUGCCAACGUUUCACGGGAAGAAGCUUCUUCUCUCCAACUUGUGGGGCUUCGUGCGUCAUCCGAAUUAUUUGGGGGAUAUUAUUAUGCAUAUAGCUUUAGCUUUACCUGGCAUUUUGUCUUCUCGCCCCGUAGCUGCUCUUCCGGCUUUGCUCCCAAUAGUCGUUUUGAUACAUCGAGCUUGGCGGGACCAUUGCAGGUGUAGGAGGCGUUACGGGGCCGCCUGGCAGAGAUAUUGCAAACGAGUACCCUCACUAUUAUUGCCUAAAAUACUCUAG